GUCUAGUCCCAAAGUUUAGUACCUAUCUUGUGCUCUACUACACAUAUUUUUCGGAUCAUGUAUGGCCGACGCCGAGCUGCAGCUUUGCCUCAUGCCUCCAGACGUCAGGGUGAUGUUGGAACAACAGAUACUGUUCAGCAUGUUGACUGUCCAGAGGUUACUAUCGAUACAUUGCAUUCUCGUAUACUGAGUCGAUCAAGGCCCGUUGGAGUUUCAUUUAUCUCUUCAUCAUCAUCUAGUAAUUCGUCACGUUCACCACCUCCACUUACAAGACGGACACGCCAGAUUCGUAGAAUAGACCGUUCUAAUCAUCUUUCCCAGCGUUCUAGUGCUAACCCAAGAUCACGUAGCCGUGGUAUUUCGGAUAACUUAGGACCGAGCAAUCCCAAUGUUCCGGCUUCUCUUCCUCGCCGAAGUCGUCGCCGUACUUUCGUUCGUCCUCCGUUUUUUGAGCUUUUAUUUUCCUCUCAUGGAAGUCCUUCAUAUCAAAAUGAGUCAACCGCCGAAAGUGUCAGAAUAAAUCUCGAAAGUUUUAACGAUGAUAGUAUCCAGUUAACUCACACUGAAGACCUUGAUUCCAGUAACAGACCUGGACGUUUACGUACCACCAGGUCUGGAAGAAGAGCUACACGUCGCUUGUCAGCAACAAACUCGCGUUCCGUACCUUCCACGAAUAUUCCAUCUGGCAACCAUCCAUUACGCACAAACAGUAGUAGGCGGUCUCAAAGUCUUAUUGAUUGCCCAGAUGUUCGGGCGGCAUUAGCAGCGGCUAGAUCCACUGGUCUUGAAAGUGAUGACGAUUGUGUAAUUUGUUUAUGUGAAAAAUCGAAUCGUUGUGUUGUUUUACCGUGUAUGCAUACAUUUUGUUAUGAUUGUAUAUAUCGUUGGCUCUGCAUCAAUCCUUCUUGUCCAUUAUGUAAACGUUUAGCUCAAAAAAUUAUUCAUUCUGUUCUGUCUGAUACAGAAUUCACUGAGUUAUUAGUAUCUGAUUUACCAAAUAAUAAUCGACGUAAUCGAGUGAAUAAUAUAUCCGCUACAUUUCACUUAGAUGAUGAAUAUUUAAAUGCAUCACCAGAGGACACUACUAUUCCACGAUCACACCAUCACUACCACUAUCACCAUCAUUUAGGUACACACCAAGUGCGUUUACUCAAUUAUCUCGAUGGCGUAACUCGUUCACCGUCAGAUGGCACUUCGUUAUUUAUACCUCCAAUUCUUUUUCCAUCUGAUACUUCUAUGUCUCAAUCAAGAGCGGUCAAUAUUCUUGAUACUUCACCACAUAUGUCAUACCGAUGGAAUCCGGAACUAGGAUCAGCAGAAAACCGUCGGUCGCUUCUAACAAUUUUGGUUGAUAAUGCUCUUCGAUCUAGCACUUCCUCACUCUUAGAUAGUUUGCUACUUCGACAGCUAGUAUAUAUUUGCUGUCUUGAUUCUAUCCCUGUUCCGCAAGAGUCCAAUCUCACACGGGAUAUCAGUCCAGAGUUUCUAGCAACAAAUGAAACUCACAGACACAGACUUGCAUCAUUUGUCCGUCGUGAGUUACGUGUUAUUGCCCCAUGGCUUGCUUAUGACGUUUCUCAUACUUCGCAGAGAAGUCGCGAAAAUUCGGAGGACAUCGGAUAUUAUGACGCUGCGGUAACAUCUCCUCUUAUAUCUGGUGCUCCUGGCUUGGAGGUAGAAACAAGGGAACUUGACAAUCUAACUAACAUAGUUUUGCAACAUGUAUGUACAGUUCCAAUAACAAACGAACAAUCACUUGUUGAUCUUUUGGUAAGUCAACCAGCUCUUCAUCCAUCACUGGUACCCAAUGUAUACCUUCACCAUCUAGCUUCAGAAAUUUUGCAGUUUGCUCAGUUCACUGGAAGCAUGGAAGAAUACGAUUCCUCAGUUUGUCUUUAUCGACGCAGAGUUACUUUGGGUGGGAUUAUUUCGUCAUCAACUGAAAGACAGAGAAAUAGACAAUUUCAACGACUUUUUCCUGAACCUCGUUUGGCUGUAUAUAUCGCUUCUGCCUGUUGGCCUCGAUUGCGUCCGGGUUUCGCUCAACCUGAAGGGCUUAUCAUCCAUCCUUUAAUCAAUUGGUUACUCCAAAGAUUGUUUGUUCAUGCUGUUUCCGGUACUUCUCAUCCUGACCCUCUACCUGGUACUGGAGACCCCCCACCUAGCUUACCUAGCCCAUUAGUAUUUCAUGGUCCUUCACUAACUUGUCAUCCAAACUGUCUUCGUUUAGGAAGUUCUUGUCACGCUCUUCUUGAGGCUAUCAUAUCUUUUUCCAGACUAAGAGGUCAAACGUCAGGGCGAACUAUUAAUCUCAGUCAUGAUGGAUCAGUAAGUACUUCAGAGAUAUUUCCAAACCGUCUCUUAUAUCAACGCGUUUUAAGUGAGCUGAUAGAUCAAGCACGAUUCAGUGAAGCUCUCAGCAGUCAGUUCAGUCAGUAUAAUGAUCGAACCCGACUCACUUGCCUUACAUCACAAAAUUCGGAAGAAAAUUCUAUUAGUUCAGUUACAAAUCAACGCACUAAUAGUAGGAUAUCGAUCCGAAAUGUUAUUAGCGUAACGGAGCCUGCUGAUUACCUACAACCUGCUAUCCGGUCUCACCUACACGCACUAAGACGCCUGGACGGGCUUCUGCUUCUUUUCACUGCCCGUGUACCCGGCUUAAGAAACGAUCCAGAGCAUCUGAUCAGUGAACUACUACAUAUGCCACUCAUGCCGAUGACCCUAACUCCUUUAGCUGUUAUUGAUCUCACUAGCCCCAGGUCGGUAGUCAGUAGAUCACAAACAUUUUCCAUGCAAUCCGAAGCUCGAGGACAGUCGUCCGAGAGCUUGGACACGAUGAGAGCACCAUAUGCAUCAAGGUUCUCAGGAAUUGAUUGGACGUUUCUGAGACAGCCUGCACAGUCUUUGUGUCCUCAAACUGAUCGUCCUGCGAAUUCUACUACUAGUACUAAUGGAGUUACUAACGAUGUUAAUUCUGGAGACUGGAGUUCGGUUGCAUCAAAUCAGCAAACAACGUCCAAUGACAUUUGUCCUUUUAGAGGUAGUCGAAUAUUCCCUUUGAUAUCCUCAGUGGGAUCAAUUACAUCAGCUGACGAAUCCACAUCGGUCCAUAAUUCACCUGGCGGUUGGCGUGACACGGCUCCGUAUGUUGUCAUAUCAUCAGACUCUUCUGAUGGAGAAACAACGUGCCGCAAUGAACCGUGCGCUGCUCCUACUCAUUCCAAUGUAUUAACCUCUGACGAGUCAGAACCAGGUCAUGCAUCUUCCCCAGAAAGUCAAGCAAACAGAUGUAAAUCAACUGUGUCCCUUGGUUCAUUGUUCAGGACGUUCUCAAAUAUGCCCUUACAAAAUGAUUUCCCAACUGAAAACGAAUCUGCCAAACACCCAACCCAGGAAACAGAAAAGAAUAAAACUUGCCAGCUAAAUACUACGCAAAGUAAUUCGGAACUUGAUAGCUUGCAAAACAGUAAUACUAAACUGUCACUUAGUUCAUCAGUGUUUUCCUCCGCCAACGCAACUAUUAACUGGAGUGAGAGAUUCACUGAACAACAUUUAUUCAUACCUCGUCAUGAAGAGCCUAUGGAAAUAGAUGAACGGCCUGAUGAAAUUUCGUGUUCGACAGUCCCAUCAUCCAGUGUUCACAGUUCAUGUUUGACCGAUUCGCCCAAAAAGUCCACAACUCUUGUACGUGAGAAUAAGUAUGUCACAGAAUCUUCAAAAUGCGCUGAAGCUAGUACUGCUGCAACUAGAUCAAAUAUGUUUUCUCCUCGGAAUUCUAUAAAAUAUUAUUACCGCUCACAAAGAAAACAUGAAACACAUUAUCGUCACCGCAGGCGAAAACUAAAUAUUGGUCAUUUAGAAAACUCAGAUAGUGAUUGUGAACUAAUUAGAGAAUCAAUUAGGAUAGAUAGUGAUUCAUCUUGUUCGACUUCUAGAUCAGUCUCCUCGUCAAGGUCGUCAUCUUCAAACGAGUGCCAACAAACUUCAACAUUCAGUUCAGCAGUGCGUCUGCGUACCUCACGUCGAUGUAAAACUAGCCAUCAUAAACACUACCAUUGUCACCGUAGUCAUUGUGACCGUCAUCACCAUUCUUGUCAUCAUAAACAUUCCUGCUGCUGUUACUGUCACUCCAGGCGUCAUAAUAAAAUAUUCGUCCGUAAAUACCAUCAGAGCCCUGAAAAAAUAGUCAACUUAAACAACCCAUCUUCGCCGGUCAUAAUUUCGGACGGUGAUGAUGAUGAACCUCAGAAAUUCGCUCCUGAAACAACAAACAAUUCUCAUCUCAAUCGUAGUCCAGAUUUACAAACUGAGGAAACUACGAAAAUAGAUGUUUUAAAUGAUCAUCUUGUUAAUGAAGAAAAUCAACUUUCAUUCCCUACCACCGCAAACCAUGAUCCUAUGCCCUGUCUUUCUCAGAACGAUUCUUUGUCUCCUGACCCAUCUAACAAUGCUCCGUGUAGUUCAAGAACGAACAUCCCAUCCAUUAACGAUUUGAACCGUUUAACAAACUUCCCUAUACAUGAACCUACUACGGCCACAGAGUUUUAUCGCUUACUCGCUAAAUUCGAAAGCCAAGAUGAUGAUGACAGUAAACGUUUUGACCCAGUUGUAUGUGAACCAACAUCCACAUCAUUAUUAUCGUCAGACAAAUGGAGUCAAACAGAUUUAGAGAAACCAUAACUUCUGCUUAUAUUUCCAAACAGUUUAUUCAUGAGGAUAUAAAGUAAAAUGUGAGAAUUAACCAAACGCUGAUGUAUGAUUAGCUUGUUCACGAUUGAAUUAGUUAGUUUAGAGAUUUUUGUAAAUCAAAAUAUCAUUUCAGUGUACAGCACAUUUCUUAUUUAUAUAUUUACUACCAGCCUCUUUAAUAAUGAUUUCUCUGUAUCUUUGCACAGGUAAAAAAUAGCACUCUACUAUUUUUUUUCUCAUAAUAUUCUUAGAAAAAAUGAACCCAGUUCCCUGCACUGAUCAGAGUUUUCAUUUUGUGAAUUGUUUUUAACUUCUCAGGCUCGCUUUCGUUAUGAUUAUUAUGUCUACAAACUUAAUUUACAGCAUAUAAUUUAAAUUUAUACAAAUAAUAUAGACAUGUAU